GUUUUCUUUUAUAACUUGAACACUGUAUACAAAUCCAAAUAUUUAAUAUGUAAAUACUUUUAAAGGCACUGCACUAAAUGCUACGGCCUAUAGCGCUAAUGAUCACGCCCCUCAUGUAAUAUGUUAAUUAAAGGGGCGUAUCUUACAGGAGGGCGGAGCGGACAUGUCUUUCUCUCCUCCCGUUUCCUGCGGAUGGCGUUCCCAGACUGGGCUGAAACCUGAGUCUCUCCGUUAAGUCGAGACCAAUAACUGGCCCGUUUAAUCACCAGGGGAUGGUUGGGGGGCAGCUGUGAGUUCAUGAAAUGUGUACUGGUUAACGCGCUUUAUCCGACCGCUAGAAGCGCGACUAUGGCCUGUUAUUUGUGUGGCAUUAGAUAAAGGGAGUACACCUUGCGUCCGAGAGAGCAUGGAGGUGACGUAUGCUGCUUUACAGCAUCUGCAGUUUGAUGCAUAGAAACUUUGCUCACGAAUAAAGAUGGAUUUGCCUCGACGUUCCCCGGACCCGCUUCUCAACCCGAUGUUGCUCAAUGAAUCCUUGGCACCCAUCGGUAUGAAUGAAGCGUGUUUGGCUGGGAGCGGGUCCGGCGCCAUGGCAACCAGCACGUUGAGAAACGAUUUGGGCUCCAACAUUCAUGUGUUGAAAACACUAAAUCUCCGCUUCCGCUGCUUCCUUUCCAAAGUCCACGAGUUAGAGCGCAGAAAUAAGUUAUUGGAGAUCCAGCUGCAGCACGCCCAGGAGCAGUCCCGGUACCGACUGUUGUUUUCCCGGGACCAAGCGGUCCAGACGAGCCUCGAGCUGCCUCACUCAGACGCACUGUGUCCGUCGAGACUCCCCGGUAGAAUCUGGAGCUUCUCACACAGCGCCCGAUACGGAGGACGCUUUGAGACGCAUCAGGGGCCUGGAGUGUCCUGGACUCAUCCUGACGGUGUCGGCGUUCAGAUCGACACCAUCACACCUGAACUCAGGGCCUUGUACAAUGUUUUGGCCAAAGUCAAGCGCGAGAGAGACGAGUACAGGAGAAAAUGGGAGGAGGAGGUGUCUAAACGUCAGCAGAUGGAGUCUUUGGUGGAGACAUUACAGGAGACUGUUCAGUCAUCUGAAGCUGUGCAAGGAGAACUGAAUGAGAGGAUGGAUCGUCUUAAAACAGAGCUGGUGGUCUUCAAAAGCCUCAUGCCUCAUGAUGAAGUGUCUGACUUGGACACUAAAAUCCAGGAGAAAGCCAUGACGGUUGAUAUGGACAUCUGCAGACGCAUCGACAUCACAGCCAAGCUUUGUGACGUGGCACAGCAGAGGAACUCCGAGGACGUGAGCAAGAUAUUGCACGGCAGCCCAUCCAGAGCUCCUCCUGAACAAAAAGGGGGGAUGGUGGUGUGUAGGAGGAAGGAUUGUAAGGGUGAAUCAGAGGAGCAGAGAGUGGAAACUGAUGGUGAUUCUGCCCACCGUGAGGAAGAUGUGCCUGGUUCUCUCAACAUCACUGAUGAGAUGAAGAGGAUGCUCAACCAGAUAGGUUUCUCAGCUAAUUGGUUUGUUGGCAGGCGGGAAACGUUCGAGUUUGACGAUGACUGUGACAGUCUGGCGUGGGAGGAGACGGAGGAGACGCUUCUGCUCUGGGAGGAUUUUAGUAACUACAAGAGUCUGAACCUCAGCACCACAGCGUCCUGCGCAUCUGACUCUCAUGGAGAGACUCAUGAGCAGGAUCGAAGUCUAGGAAGCCUCAUAAAUGAAACCGAGUCCCUCUUUAAGACCAGAGAGCAGGAGUACCAGGACACCAUGGGACAGAUUGAGCUGGAAUUGGCCACAGCCAAGAAUGACAUGAACAGACACCUGCAUGAGUACAUGGAGAUGUGCAGUAUGAAGAGAGGGCUGGACGUACAGAUGGAGACCUGCCGGAGGCUCAUCCAAAGCACAGCCACCACCGGCAGACAAUCGCCAUCCAUCAGUUCCGUGGCCAGCAGUGAUUCAGGAAACACCGAUGACAUCCAGGACGAGCUGGAGCCUGAUGGAGCGAGAGAUGGAGAGAAAGAAGAAGCUGCAGCGAUGAAUGGAGAAGUUAGAUGAUGAUCAGCCCUUCAUCAUUCUGGUUUCUCAGCUUCUUUGUCAACCGGUCACUCUUUUAAGUGUCUGGUCACUUUUCCACUUUUUCAGAUGAGUGUGGAAUUUCAGAUUCCCAAAGAGCAAGUAUUGGUGCUUUAUAUGCUAUCUUAGAGCAGGACUAGCCGAAAUAAAGCGGUUCCCUCUUCAUCAGCACUGCCAAGGCAUGGCUACGUCGUUUUCCUCACAAGCUUUAACUGAGGUCACAAUCUUUGUAGUAUGAUGAGUAGUACCAUAUAUAAUAAUGCAUAUAAAAUAUAUGAUGUUAUAUUUUAUCAUAGUAAUAUAUUAUCAAUAUAAUAUAAAUAUUAUGGUAUUAUAAUAACAUAUGAAAUAGACAAUUUGUGCUAUCUGUAUUGCUCAUUUGUUUACAUAAAUCUGAAAGGCAAGUUACACAACCACAGUCAGUUUAUAUAACAGAUUAAAACAAAUUAUAGAGGAAAGUAUUACUCUACAUCGAGCUCUGGAAUAAGUUCAGGCUUUUAACAUCACAACAGUCGAUAGAUCAGCCAUGCAGUAUGCUUCACAAGAAUAUCUCUGCUCCAAGUAAGUUCAGAUGUUUUCACCACGUACAAUUGUUGCUGAACUAAACCACUGUGCACUAAGAUCUAUGCAAUAAUCUGGACUGGACUGACGUUACUUUCUGUGAUUCUCAGUAUGUGAGAGUUGAUUCUCCUUGAGUGCACUUUUCCCCUGUUUCUUUAUAUUGUUGGAGAGUAGCAGUUAAACCCAAAAUCAUGUGCCUACAAAUAUGCUGUAUACAGUGUCUUAGUUGCCUUGUAUUUUUCUUUGAAUAUUUCCAGUACAUGCUUUUGUUGUGAUAUACACCAUUAAAUCCUAAAUCAUAUCCUUCGUACAGAUGAUGAUAAAAUUGAUGUCAAAGAUGGUAAAUGGUGUAAGGUUCUGGAUCAUAGAAAAUCUAGAUUCGGAAGCCAUACAUAUAUCUGUCCUCAGGUUUUGGAAGGUUUGUUUAAGCUGCAAAAUAGCUAAAGAAAAUGAUACUAUUACUUUAAGUUCAGUAUGUGGGUCAUUCUCAGGAAAAGGUGCUAUUUGUGCUAAGACUUUUUAUUUAAAAAAUAAAUUAUAAAAAAUGUUAAAGUUACAAUACCAAAUAUCAAAGUAGAAAUACGAAGCGUUAUGUUAUUUCAACCACAAUAAAAAAAUAAUAAUUGAUGUGCUUAUAAUAGACAACUGAGUAGAUUAUGUAAAUUUAGUAUCACUCAUUUAACUGUGCCUUUAAAUAUAUCUAUAAAAUAAAAAAAUAACUAAUAAUACGAAUAAUAGCAUUUUGUCAGAAAAAAUGUCACAUGGGAUUGCAAAUUCUGCAUUUCUCAGAAAAUGCAUUAAUCAUUUUAAAAUAUUACGUAGUGAAAGCAUGAUAUAUAAAUUUCAAUAAAAUACAAAUUUGGGUUAAAAAAUUUACAAAACAUUAUAUUUAUUCUAAUUGUAAUAGUGAUAAAUGGGGACUAAAACAAUUUCCAGACAUUUCAAUCAAAAACAAUCAUUUAAAUUAAAAAAUUUCAUUAUAAAGUAUACUGAAUAUAUUGCAUUACAAACAGUCAAACUGAUUGAUUGAUGUGACUGAAGAGGCACACUACUGUAUGUCAUCAUCACUUCCUAAGAAUGACCCACAAUGUCCCCCUCACAAACCCCCAAAAUAUGUUUU